AUGGAGCUUAGAUCACGCAAGAAUCAAGCAUCUGGAAGAGCAUCUGUUGCUGAUCUCAGGCCGACCUCCGCCGUCUUUACAAGCUCUUCAGCCUCAUCUGCUUCCUCGCCCGCCGAUCAUCCACUAUCCCCCACGCUCUCCGACACUAGUAACACGCCUCUCCUACGAAGAGUCACUCGUUCAUCGACGAGACAAUCCUCAGAUCAGGCCGUCUCGUCGACCAACAAUAUCUCCCCCACCACUGCCUCUCCUACAUCGCCAUCUAUCACAACACCGUCCUCGUCGAAAUCAAAUCGUAAACGAAAAUCCUCUGGCCAGGUAACGGAAGAACCAGAACCCUCUUCAGGCCCUCGCAACCGAAAGCGUCCCAAGGCGUCCUCUUCUACAACUACACCUCCAAAGCAGCAAGAAAACCAGCCCUCGAGUCGAAGAAAGGGCAAAGGAAAGAAGACGGCUAGCGUAAAAAACGCAGCCAUGGACAUGCCAGAGGAAAGUAAUAUGCCCGUAGAGGCUAGCGUGCCGGUAGAGACACCUGAUGUUUCAUCAUCAACACAUAAACGUAGGUCAAGUCGGAGUAAAAAAUCGACAAGGGAUAAUACUACUGCUGCCACCAACACUAAUACUGCCACCACUUCUUCCACCACUUCUUCUCGCCGAGCGCCACGAAGGAUGAACAACGAUUUAAGUGACCCAGAUGUUCGGAUGAGUGAGCCGAACGAUGUCGAAGAAGAGGAAGAUGAUGACGAUGAGGAAGAUGAAGAUGAUAACUUUGACAUUGAUGAGGACCAUGAUGAAGAAAUGGGGGAUGCAGGGCCUGGGGAAGAUGAUGAGCAUGAUAGAGAAGAGGAUGACUAUGAGCAUGAUGAGGAUGACGAGGACGUCUUCGAAGGAAGUUAUCUCGGUGGUGUCCACAAUUCGAGCGGGAUUUCCAAUACCCUCCGAGCCCUCUCAGGAAUGGUUUCCGGGAUUUCUUCACGACUUCGAGAUAUUCUUGCCAAUCUUAGACAGAAAGACGAUCCCUCGACCCAGCUAAUUGCUUUGCAGGAGUUGGCUGAAAUUCUACUCGUAUCAACUGAAGAUAAUCUAUCAGGCCAUUUUUCGCCGGACCAGUUUGUUAAAGAACUUGUCAGUUUAAUGGAAGAUCAGGGACCAUUUGGUGAAAAUCCUGAUAUGAUGUUGCUUGCAUGCCGAUGCAUAGCAAACCUAAUGGAGGCCUUGCCAGCGGCAACAGCUAAUGUAGUAUAUGGUGGUGCUGUUCCGGUACUUUGCAGAAAACUGAUGGAGAUUCAGUACAUCGAUUUGGCCGAACAGGCCUUAAGCACGCUUGAGAAGAUAUCUGUCGAGUAUCCGACAUCUAUAGUCAGAGAAGGCGGUUUAGUAGCGUGUCUUACAUACUUGGAUUUUUUUGCCACCAAUGUUCAAAGGACAGCGGUUACAACAGCAGCAAAUUGUUGCCGGAACAUCCCUGACGAUUGCUUUCCUACAGUUAGGGAUGUUAUGCCAACCCUCUUAAACGUCUUGAAUAGCAGCGAUCAGAAAGUUGUUGAACAUGCAUGCCUAUGCGUCGCUCGCAUUGUGGACAGCUUCCGCCAUUAUCCGGAUAAGCUGGAACAACUUAUGUCAAGAGAUAUGAUGAAGGCUAUCUUACAGCUCCUUCUACCUGGCACAACAAAUCUUGUUGGACCUCAUAUCCACACCCAGUUUCUGCGGGUCCUGGGAAUAGUCGCAAAGGCUAGCCCAACGCUGUCUAUGGAUAUGCUAAAAAUGAAUAUUGUUGAUACGCUUUUCCAGAUUUUGACCGGAGUUUCACCUCCCGCCGAUCAUGAUGGAGCAGCAAUGAAGAACGAUACUGUGAUGACUAUGCAAGCCCUCAUCCAUAGGCCAAGGGAGCAAGUUUUCGAGACUUUGAAUGUUAUCUGCGAGUUGUUACCCGGACUACCUCAUGGCGAGGAACAUGGCGGUCUAUUCGAUAUUCCCGAUGGGUCAAGGCCCUCGAAGGAUCCAUCGGAUGAAGACGAAGAAGAGGAGGAGGAUCCCGACGAGAAAAGACGUCGACUACUAAGCGGUUGCAAAGAUGAGCUGAAGCGUUUUGCAACAAUUCUUCUUCCAACACUCACGGACGCUUACUCAAGUACUGUCAAUUUCGAUGUUCGGCGGAAGGUCCUUACAGCCCAGCUAAAGAUGAUAUGUAAUUUGGAUGCGGAAAUUCUCAAAGAAGCUUUAUCGAGUGUCCAAUUUGCAUCGCACUUGGCAUCAAUACUCUCGCAACAGGAUAAUGAAACUCUGGUUACUGCUGCUUUCCAAGCUGCCGAGUUGCUCCUUCGACGCCUUCCAGAGAUUUACACUUAUCACUUCUACCGGGAGGGUGUUUUUGCUGAAAUAUCUAAGCUUGCCUCCAAGAAGACAGAACGCUCGGUCAUGGAUAAGGAACUUCAAGGAAGUGAUGACGAUAGGAAGUCUGAUGAUUCGGGGGAUAGUGAAGAACGUAUGAGUUCAUCACCAGUGAGCUCAAGGUCAUCUUCAUCUUCAAGACAUGCUCCUACCGGUACCACGAUGGACAGGCAACAAUGGAUUGUAGAGAGGGCUGUGGCGUUCAUGGAGGCACACGAUAAAGAUGAAAGUGCAGAAAUCAGGGGAAAGGCUUUGAAGAUCAUGGAAGACUUGAAAGCCCUGGGAGAAGGAUUAAAAUCUUCGAAUAGCCCCGAGAGUCUUUUUGAACGCUUGGCUACUUAUUUUGACAAUGAUAACUCCCUGGAUUCGAUUUCCAGUUUUGAGCUUCUCAAUUCUCAUAUCGUGGAGGCGCUGUUGGCGGUUCUGAAGGGUGGCCCUGAAAUUGAUAAACUUGACAUCCGGCGGGCGUUUCUUGAAGUUUUUAUGCGUACCGGCUUGUCAAAAUCGCACACCAGCGAAGGAGAUACACCGCUGAGUGUUUUGGUCCACAAACUUCAAGAGUUGUUGAGCCGCUCUGAGCACUUUGAGGUGAUCACAGUUCAUCAAAAUACGUUUGAUGGAAAUAGAAGUAGCGCUGCGUCUAUGUUGGCAAAGCAAUUGCGCCUUAAACUGGUAGCAGACGAGGAAUCCGAAAUUCCGCGGGCUUACCGGAACAUCAUGGUCUCGAUUCAUGCAAUUGCAACAUUCAAGGCGUUGGAUGAUUAUCUCAGGCCCCGAAUUAGCCUUUCAGAACGUCCAAGAACACGUAGAGAUCCAAACACCGGGGGUGCUAUGGCUAAUGCUCUUGCAGCCUUUGCAGCGGCAGCAGGUAUUCCGCGGGCAGCGGCGGCAGCAGCUUCUGGACAGGCGCCUGACCUAGCGGCGCCCAGGUCACCAAGAACAGGUCGGCGCAGCACACGACGGAAACCAGCAACCACAGACGGAGCAUCCUCGAGUGCUUCGCAUGAAAAGGCCCCAAGAAAAGAGAGAGAGAAUCAGGCAUCAGGACAGGAGCAGUUAGAGUGCAUGGACGAAAGGCAAUUGCCGGAUGAUGAAGAGAUGGAUGAAAUGGACGCCGUGCUUGAUGACCUCGAUCGAGAAAUGGAGGAUGAACCUGAACCUGAAGCCGGUCCUGUGAAUAUGGAGGUAGCCUCAAGUGGCAAGGUUACAGCUCGGAAAGAAGAUGGGACCCGAGUAGCCACGCCCUCUGGAGUCGCCCCCAACCCUCCCCGGGCACCGGGACCGUCCUCGCAGACUUUAGGAACCCGCGUAGCUGCUAUUCAGACACCUCCAGACUGGCAUAUAGAGUUCAGCAUUGGCGAUCAAGUUAUCUCUAAUGACAUGACAAUUUAUCGGGCAGUGCAUCUGGGUAGGGACCAGCCUGAAGAGCAGUCAUACCGUAACGUCUGGGCCACGGUACAUCCCAUAAAGUUUCGUAGGAUGCCUGGACCUGCACCAUUGGAAGGCUCUUUAUCUCCUGCUCCGGAUCAUUCUCAAUCGACUUCAGCUUUCCCUGCCUCUUUGGAUAAAAACAAAAUUUCUUCUUCUAUACUUCAACUUCUUAGCAUACUUCAUGCGCUCAAUGCAAAUCUCGACGAUGUAUUUGCUGGCGAUAACGAGGCCAAUAAACCUGCCAACCCUCAGCCAUUGAGUCAAUUUGUCAACACCAAAUUGACUGCUAAACUGAACCGCCAGCUGGAAGAACCCUUGAUUGUUGCCAGUGCGUGUUUACCUAGUUGGAGUGAGGAUCUUGCAAGGCUUUAUCCCUUUCUAUUCCCAUUUGAGACUCGUCACCUGUUCCUACAAUCAACAUCGUUCGGCUACUCGCGUUCCAUGACAAGGUGGCAAAACUCCCAGUCUACAGGUGACUCGCGACAAGACCGCCAUCGCGACGAUAACCGACCAUUCCUUGGUAGGCUUCAGCGCCAGAAAGUUCGAAUUUCGCGGGUUCGAAUCCUCGAAUCUGCAAUCAAGGUCAUGGAACUUUAUGGUGCGUCGCCGAGCGUUUUGGAGGUAGAAUAUUUUGAAGAGGUUGGAACUGGCCUUGGACCUACACUUGAGUUUUAUUCAAGCGUAUCCAGGGCAUUUGCCAAAAAGAAGUUGAAGUUGUGGCGAGAGAAUGAAUCACAACCCACUAGCGACUAUGCGUUUGGUAAACAAGGUCUUUUUCCGGCACCAAUGAACGAAUCAAUGGCAGAAUCAGAGAAUGGUCGCAGAGUAUUGCACCUUUUUAAAAUGUUGGGCAAAUUUGUGGCCCGCUCCAUGCUUGAUUCGCGUAUAAUUGACAUAUCGUUCAACCCAACAUUCUUCCGCACCGGUGAGAACGACGAACCAGUCGCGCCAUCAUUGGGAGCUGUGGGUACUGUGGAUAAAGACCUUGCCAACUCUUUAAAGAUGCUCCGGAAGUUCGUUUUAGCAAAGAAAGCGAUAGAUAGCAAUAUGGUACUUACUGCUGAAGGGAAGAUAAAGAGAAUCAGCGAGAUCAGAGUCGAUUCGGCAAGCGUUGAGGACCUUGCAUUGGAUUUUACACUCCCAGGAUACCAAGAUAUCGAACUUAUCCCCAACGGUGCUAAUAUUCCUGUUACAGUUUAUAACAUUGCCAAUUAUGUUGAUAGGGUCAUCGACCUUACUCUUGGAAGUGGUGUGAGACGCCAGGCAGAGGCAUUCCGCGCAGGCUUUUCGCAGGUUUUCCCUUACUCUGCAUUGAGAGCCUUCACACCCGACGAACUGGUCAUGCUCUUUGGCCGAGUAGAUGAGGAUUGGUCGCUUGAGACUUUGAUGGAUUCGAUUAAGGCAGAUCAUGGGUUCAACAUGGACAGCAAGAGUGUACGAAACUUACUGCAGGCUAUGAGCGAGUUCAAGUUACAAGAGCGUCGUGACUUCCUACAAUUCGUUACAGGAAGUCCAAAGCUCCCCAUUGGAGGUUUUAAAUCCUUGACACCAUUAUUUACUGUUGUGUGCAAACCAAGCGAAGCACCUUACACCUCGGAUGACUACCUUCCGAGCGUUAUGACUUGUGUGAACUAUCUCAAGCUGCCAGAUUAUUCGACACUGGAGAUCUUGAAAGAGCGAUUGCAUGAGCUCGCAUGA